UGUUGGUCCGUGUGGGCGCGCAGGGCGCACGGUGCGGCGCUGCCUCUCCGCAGCGUCAAACAGCCUUCCCCUCUCAUCGGACAGGCGACAGAAAACACAGGUCGACACACCGCCUGCAUCACAUCCACGCUUUGACCUGAACACAUGACAGGAGCGAGGGAAACGGAUAGCGGACUGUCUUAAGGGGGCUUGAAGUAGAGGGCCAUUAACAUCACUCCCUUCUCCGACUGAAAGCUAGAAGCGUGUAGCGGUAUACGUGCGGUGCAGUAGAUUAUUGAACAGCACUGAGGGUUGAACGAUCAAACGGGAUUGAUAAACAAACGUUAGUUGUCGGAUGAAGACACAGCAGAAAGAAGCUUCUCUGAGAGCAGGCUGCUGUUCAUUAUUUGACUGAAUUAUCGUGGAGAUGAAACAUCAUGCCUGCGCCUGAGUUGCGUCCUGUGAACUGCAACAUCAAACCAUCUGCUGAAGCCUGAUCUGGACUCGUGUGAAAGAGCUCUGUUUCUAGGCUGCAAUUCCUCUAAUGAAGUCACCAGAAGUCCCAAAUGGUGAGUCACGCCCUCCUUCUCUCGGAUCGUCUCAGUGAAUAGCCGACCACACAAAGGCGAGAGGAUCUCAGCUCCGCCGGUAAAUAAAACCCUCUUCCUUCUGCACAGUGUGGGAGAAAGUGGCAUCUCUGUAGGCUGAUAACUGGAGUGAAAGCAGUGUUGAGCGAUCAUCUUUCACUCUGAGCCGCUCACCUUUCAUGCUCUGGCUCCAGAGCCGGCUCUUAGGGCUGGGCUGUCAGCGGGAACCCACAGAGACUCUCACAUGGACACUAUCACCAGAGCUGCAUAGUGCACAGGUGUAAAGCGUCUGCCUCUAGAGACUGAAGAGGCAUACAUGAGGGAAAAGUCAUGCUAUUGUUUGGACGACCUUCAUACAGGAUUAAGACACUUUUUCUGACUCUGUCUUCAUUUUAGUUGGGGCCCAGUGGGGUUUUUAUGGUGGGAGUAGGGAGAGCUGGUGUUGAUUCUUCUGCUUUAUGAGUUUUCAUCACUGGGAGAGUGUGUCUGAGUGGCAGGGGGAGCCAGCAUGGCCAAGCCUCUGCUGAAGAUACAGCGCUAUUUCCGCAGGAAACCUGUCCGCUUCUUUUCCCUCAUCCUCCUCUACCUGACCGCUGGGAGCCUCGUCUUCCUGCACUCAGGCUUUGUCGGGGACAGUGGCCCCGGAGCUCGAGGGGGCCGGGACUCUGCGGUAGCUUUAGAGAUGGGCAGCCGGACCUCAUCGUCAGACAAUCGGGGGCUCGGCAUCAUGCGCAGAGUGUUUAAGGAGACUCAGAGGUCUGGCCGGAGGUAUGGCCCCCCAUGGAUGAAAAAGACUGGCCAGGAGACACAGAGGAGAGGUGAAGACUACACCAGCAACUGGAACCGUGCACUUAAAGGACGCAACGCCAAAGACAUGGACGAUGGAAGAGCAAAGUAUAUCGGCUGCUACAUUGAUGACACACAGAAAAGAGCGCUGAGAGGAGUUUCCUUUUUUGACUACAAAAAAAUGACUGUAUUCCGUUGCCAGGACAACUGUGCAGAAAGAGGUUACAUGUAUGCAGGUCUGGAGUUUGGAGCAGAGUGCUACUGUGGCCACAAGAUCCAGGCGCCCAACUGUUCGGAGAGUGAGUGCAACAUGGAGUGUAAAGGAGAGAAGAGCAACCUGUGCGGAGGAGCCAACCGACUGUCCAUCUAUAGGCUGGAGCUGAGCCAGGAGUCAGCGCGCCGCUAUGGCAGCGCCAUUUUUAAGGGGUGUUUCCACAAGCCAGACAAUGUGACUUUGGCGCUUCCUUUCAGCGCGGUCAUCCAAAACAUGUCUGUGGACAAGUGUGUCGACAUGUGCACGGAGAGGGAGAAGUCGCUGGCUGUCCUGGCUGGAGAUCGAUGUCACUGCGGCUUCCCGACUCCUCUCUUUUCCCUUCAUGAGCCGGAGGAUGAGAAAAUGUGUCUCCACCACUGCCACGGGGAAGAGUUCGAGAGCUGUGGGAACGACGAGUACUUUGUUGUGUACCAGACGCAGGUUCCAGAUAACCGCUGCAUGGACCGACACUUCCUCCCCACUCACGCCAAACAGCUGGUGGCCCUCGCCAGUUUCCCUGGAGCCGGCAACACCUGGGCUCGCCACCUCAUAGAGCUCGCCACUGGCUUCUACACUGGCAGCUAUUACUUCGAUGGCUCCCUUUACAAUAAAGGAUUUAAAGGGGAGAGGGACCACUGGCGGAGUGGGAGGACUAUCUGCAUUAAGACACAUGAGAGCGGCAGGAAGGAGAUUGAAGCCUUCGACUCCAGCAUCCUCAUGAUCCGAAACCCUUACAAAGCUCUCAUGGCAGAGUUUAACCGCAAAUAUGGAGGACACAUUGGAUUUGCCUCCCAGGCUCACUGGAGAGGGAAAGAGUGGCCCGAGUUUGUGAAGAACUACGCUCCUUGGUGGGCGUCCCACACCUUGGACUGGCUCCAUUACGGGAAGAGCGUCCACGUGGUCCACUUUGAGGGUCUGAAGAGGGACCUGUUCUCCCAGCUCAAGGGGAUGGUCCAGUUUUUGGGUCUGAAGGUUUCUGAGGACCGUCUGCUUUGCGUCGAGGGCCAGAAGGAUGGCAACUUCAAGCGGUCAGGGCUACGCAAACUUGAAUAUGACCCGUACACUCCUGAAAUGCGAGCUAGCAUCAAUGAACUGAUCAGAACAGUAGACGCUGCCUUGAAGAAAAGAAAGAUGUCUGGAGUUCCAGACGAAUACAUGCCAAGAUGAUAUACAGUAUGUGAUCCCCUUGUUUCCCUUUUAAUUGGACUGUUCUGUCAACAGACUCUGCACCAUAUUUUGUAGGAUUGCAUCACCCAAAUUGUAUUUUCAAUUUUUUUCAACAUAGGUUGACGCUAUAGUGGGAAGAAAUCAGUCUCUCUCCUUCUAUAUUCAUUUUUUAUUCACAUUUUUUUCAUUUUUUGUUCAACUUAGGUAAUAAUGGCUCCAUGUGUUAAUAGAAGAGGCUUUUUUUUAUUUGGCUGAAUGAAAAGCACUUCUUAUCUCGCUCUAUGCACAUGUGCUGUGUGGGCAUGUGCACAUGCCUUAACAUGAAGAAGGUACAAAAGCUGUGACCACAGAGAGGCACUUCUGACUGUGCUGGGUGCUUUGUUGCCAGUGGAAAAACAUGUCAUCCAAAAGAUGUAAUAGCAUACUGUUAAGUGUAUGAUACGAGCUUAUUUUGUGCAAAAGUGAAAAAAAUCAAAACAUUAAAAUUUUCUGCUGCUAACAGUUACAGAACAAUACUAUUUUAUACAUGAAGUUCUCUGAAAACUUCAAAAUCUGAGCCCUUUGUUGGAGGGAAAAAUGCAAUAUGCAGGCUAUAACUACCUGAUGAUGAUACUGUUUGUUUCCAAGUUUUUGGAAGUUAUUCAACUUACUGUAUGUAAGAGAAAUUAUGUUUUUGAUGAUGAAGAUGUAAGGAACUCAAUUCUCAGCUCCUCAUAUUCAAGAAGAUGAAUAAUCCCUCUUGAAGGCACUGACUGAAGGAGAGAAGAGGAUUUAUCUCUGCAGCAUUUAUUUAUCUCUGGUGUGCAGUGCACAUGUUGACUAAUUUGGUUUUGAAGUUGUUUUCUUAACACUGGACUCGAUGCAGAAAUCCAAAAAGCACUUUGCCGUGCAACACUUGCCCCCAAAGAUCACCAAGGAAUUAGGCAUUACACUCUGACUUGUGUUUUAGAUUGGAGGUUUCCUUUAGUAGUAGUAAUGGUUUUAGAUUUAUUUUAUGACAGUUAAUCAUACUGAAUGUGAAAACUGUUUUUUUUUGUUUUUUUUAAUGCUUUGUUGUAAUAAGAGCUACAACACAGUAAAGCUAGUGAUACUUUUACUCUUCAUGAUUUAAAAAAAAAUCUCAAAGGUCCACAAGAGUGUGAAAAAUUCUGCUCCUAUUUUAUAAAGCAGCACGUCUUAUAAUGGUACUCAAUGCGCUACAGUAUGCUACAUGCUUAAAAAUGAACGAGUAUAUAAAUAAAUAAAGACAUGAAUAUAUAAAUGAAUAAAAACACUGGUGACUAAGAGCCAGGAAACAUAAACUGACUUCCAUUUUCAGUAUAAUAUAUAAAUAUAUUUUUAUAGUGUGUGCUGACACAUCAAAAAUAUUUGUAUUGCAAGACGCAAACAGGAGAAGUUGUUUCUAUUUUUAACACAUGCUUUAAACUUUAUUGGCUCUUGCUUUCAUUGACAAGCCGGCACUUGAACAUAGGUGUCACAUCUGAAUGUAUUUUCUAUGGAAUGAAUGUAAUGUGAUAUGACCCAAUAAAUGAGUAAAUUAAA